AUAGUAGUAGGUGCUGCAGGCCAGCUUGCCUUCAACCCAGAUUCCCUUAGUGUCUCGAAGGGUACUGUUCUUCGAUUCAACUUUUUAGGACUGAAUCACACCUUAACUCAGAGUUCGUUGGCGCAUCCAUGCCUCAAUAGCACAAAGUUCGAUAGUAGGUUUCGGCAGUUUAAUCCUCUCAAUAUUAGUGGAAACUUCAUGGUCGAAUACGAGAUGAAAACGGAAGACCCACAGUGGUUCUACUGUGCUCAAGAGGCACCAAAGUCUCAUUGCUGCUCUGGAAUGGUUUUCAGUCUCAAUCCUGGAGAUAAGAUGCUCGAGUUCAAAAAUAAUGCG